CGCGCAUGUGACAACAACAGAACGAUCUGAACAAUCUAUGUAGCAGUACAACAUAAGUUUUUUGGAUGUGAUUCAAUGUCACUUAUGUAAAAAUGAGUUCAAGAGCAGUUGUAGCUCUACUGUUGAUAUUCUAUUUGGCACAGGUAGAAGGAAAUUCUGUGCUUAAUGUAACGGGUAUAAGACUACCAGGAGGAAGCGGGACAUAUGAAGGUCGUGUGGAAGUAAAUGUGAAUGGUGUUUGGGGAACAAUAUGUCACAAUUCGUUUGAUAUGAGAGAUGCUAGAGUGUUGUGUAGAAUGAUGGGACUAUCAGCGACAACAUUUUUCACCGGAGCACAUUUUGGAAAAGGCAUCGGUCCAAUAUUUGCACAAGAGCUCAGAUGUGGCGGGCAUGAAAAUCAUAUAAACCAAUGUUCUUUUGUUCCUAACGUGCAUUGCACACAUAGCUCCGAUGUAGGAAUCAUGUGCACAGGCUGUGGAGAAAUAGAUAUUACGAAUGGGAAGGUAGAAUCCAUAUCUGCCAGUGGAACGGUGUUGUCCAUAUCUUGCAAUGCUGGAUAUUCUUCAAACACAAACACGUCUAUAUGCUUAAGAAAUGGAACUUGGUCUGUAUCUAAGAUAACCUGCAUAUCACCAGGUUACCCAUUAAAUAUAUCUGGAUUAAGAUUAGCAAACGGUUUAGGUUUCCAUGAUGGACGUAUAGAGAUUCUUGUUAAUAGUGUAUGGGGAACGAUAUGUGGCAACUCAUUUUCAUAUACUGAAGCACACACAUUUGAAGAGUGA